AUGUCGACGUCCACGCCAUCGGUUGCGAGCAAGGCGUACCUGCUGCCACCGGAAGACCUGCACUCGACGCUGUCGUCGAUCGAACUUCUGUCGGCCAUGUGGUCCGGUACGGACGAACUGCAGCUUACAACCACGGACGAACAGACGAUCCGACGAAUAGCCGAAUAUCUGCAGCUCGAACUCGAGACACUGGGAGAUCAACGUUCGGUGGGGCUCAAGGAUUCGAUUGCGGACGAGGUGGUGUUGGGGCUAAAGAUCCGUGUCGAUGCAGCAGCGCAUGCAGCGCAUGCCGAGCAAGCGCCACAGCAAGCAGUGUGGAUCAAGGUGGCGUUCAGAUUGAGGAAGACCAACGCCACAGAUGCGCGAGUGAGCAUGUGGACAAGCGCAAAGGAUGCUCCUUCCUGGCUGGAUCGGGCUAGAGUGGAUGAGGUGAAUGAGAUGCUCGCCAAGUAUCGCGAGACCACCCACACUGACGAGCAUCACGAUACAGUCGGAAGCAUCUUGAACGCAAUCGAAGAGGUAUCUGAAUUGCUCGCGCUCGACACUAGCGCAGAAAGCGUGGCUCCUCCGCAAUCCACUGCUCUGCAACCCACUUGCUCAGCACCACUAGACGCAUCAUCACCGCCGCCGUUGGUGUUGCGAACGUGGUAUUACCUACCUUCGCUUAGCACCAAAUCCAAACGGGCCGACAUUGUCUCGUUGGCGCUGUCGUCCACUCCGCCACUCACCGGCUUCCUACUAGCGGGCAAACCGGGACUGAUCGUACUCGAACACCCGCUCACGUGCGCGCUCACGACCGCCACCGCCAACCUAGCCUCGUUCUGGUCCACCAUCAAAACCACCUCCUGGAGCGACAUUCCCGCAUCGCACAAGAAGAUCUCGGAAAAACUCAUCCAGCCCGACGUGCAACACGCUUUCACCGGCUUCCAAGACAUCACCGAUCUGCCCGAGGUGGAAAGCGGCGCGGAUAGAGGUCGCAAAACCGAUCUCAGCAAGCUUGUCGUAUGGUUGGAUAACAGAGGCGUGCAGGGCAAGUGGUGUUUGGAAAGGGUGCUCGGCGUCGGUGGUUGGGAGACGUAG